AUGGCACCAAAAGAAACAGAUUAUUUAGAAUUAGCUCACCAACGAGCUAUAGAAAAGAAAACUCAUGUCAGUUUCCCCCAGUUGAAAUAUCCAUCUCUAAGGGACGGAGGAUUCAGAGAUCCCGUACAAUGGCUUCAGGGGAAAGCUUUAGACGAUGGGGCAGAAGGCUUAUGGCGAGUGCAUGAUAGAUUAUACGACCUCGAACAUUUUAUUCAAAGACAUCCGGGUGGAUCGGAGUGGCUGGAACUGACAAAGGGCACGGAUGUAACAGAAGCCUUUGAAUGCCACCAUAUCGACACUAUUGCGGAAUCAAUGUUAGAAAAAUUCUAUGUAAGAGAUGCCAAAUCUCCAAGAAAUUCACCAUUUACAUUUAAGGAAGAUGGUUUUUUUCGCACGUUAAAGAGAGAAGUAAGAGAAGAACUAAAGAAAGUACCAAAAGAUACAGAAAAAUUUAGUGAUAUGAUCACAGAUGGUCUACUGAUAACUUUACUCGUAACAUCGGCGACAACAUGUUGGUCUAAUAAUUACUGGGCUGUAAUGGCGUCCUAUUUUGUAGCAUCUCUGUCAUUGGCUUAUGUGGUUAUAGCGUCACAUAACUACAUUCAUAGAAAAGAUAAUUGGAGAAUGUAUCUUUUUAAUUUCAGCUUAUGGUCUUAUAGGGAUUUCAGAGUAUCUCACGCUCUUUCUCAUCAUCUGUAUCCAAAUACUUUAAUGGAUUUAGAAAUAAGUGCUUUUGACCCAAUGAUAUCUUGGUUGCCAAGGAGAGAUCGACCAUUUUAUGCUAAUUUUUCAGUUUUAAUUGAAGUUAUUACAUUUCCUUUUAUAUAUUUUCUAAACUUUUUGAAAAGAUCAACGUCGGUCUUUUUACGUAAAGACUUCUUUAAAAAACAUUAUCGGUGGCACGAUGCCGUGGGAUUUUUGUUACCUCUGUGGAUGUAUCUCGUUACUGGUGCCAGUUUUUACGACGUUUUCAUUACCUGGCUCUGGAUUAUAAGUACUGCAAGCUUUAUUUUCUUUAUGAUCGGAUCAAAUGCUGCACAUCACCACCCUAAAAUUUUUAAAGAUGGUGAUCAAGUCAGUGAUCCUAACCCUGAUUGGGGUAUACAUGAGCUGGAAGCUGUAAUGGAUCGACGAGAAAUCAACACGAAUUAUUUUAGAGUAUUGACUAACUUUGGCCACCACGCCUUGCACCAUCUAUUCCCUACUUUGGAUCAUGCUGUCUUAGAAUAUUUGUACCCGGUAUUUUUGAAUAAUUGUGAAAAAUUCAGAGCUAACUUUAGAGUGACAACAAUAUUGGAUUUAAUUAUAGGUCAAAUAAAAAUGACUUUGAAAACAGAACCGACUCUUUUGAAUAAG